GGUCGGGAUGAAAAUUGCUUCACUCACCUAAUUAAGAGAUGUUCUUUAUUUACGAGAAAACCCAUCGUUGUCAGAGAUGCAUGCGCUCUUCCAUUUGUUAAUAUUAUGUUACUGUUCAGAGAGGAAGAUUGUCCCGUGUUGCAUGCCUUGGAAGAAUCUGAAGACACACUUUCCUCCAACUCGACUCUAGAUAAUUCUACGAUUGGUGUCGGUUUUGAGGAAACGAAUAGCACAGAGCUCAGUUUGAGUAUUCCGGCAGUGGAUGCUCUGGACAAAUUUACGCACUGGUUGAAGACGCAUGAUCCAUAUCUGCCUAAACACGACCACGCCAUUUUGAUCACAAAGUUCGAUCUUCUAUCACCUCGGGGUGAUUCGUUUACCCAAGGAAUGGCGUACGUUGGCAACAUUUGCAAAAAAGGAGAUUCAGCUAGUAUCGUUGAAGAUAUCGGAGCCGCAGCAACUGCAGUCAUUGCAGCACAUGAGCUUGGUCACAGUAACCGUAUCACCAUCUAUGAAUUAUUCCUAUUUAUUUAUAUAUUUGAGUUCUUAUGCCCGAUGCAGAUACGGAAAAAAAGAGCCCUUUUCAUAAGAUCUCAUGGAUACGGAAGAAAGUUGAAGUGCACUUAUAUCACUGCAAUAGUAAAGUUCUAA